UACCUGACAAGGAGCAGGUUGCCUCUCUCUUUCAUUCAUAUUGAUAAGUUAAGUUAUGGAUUAAAUAACCUAGCAGAUACAAUGACCAAUCCUGAAGUCCAAAUAUGAAAAACUCGGGUUGGAGAAGGUCCAAGUCACAUUUAAAACUCAACCAAUGGUACAAAAUGGCAACCGUCUGAUCGAGCAAUCCAGAGAUAUUUUAUUUGUUUAAUGUAUCUUACCGGCUCAGUAUUGACUAUUGGUCCUCUACUAGUAGUGAUGUAAAGGAUGAAACUGGUGUUUACAAGCUAACAACUCAACAGAUUUCAAGUGACUUUUUAACUGGAGGUAAACUAUUCUGAGCUUAAGGUGCUAAAUAAACAUCUUCACAACAAGAGUCUUUAUAGCUGGAUUUAUUACUCUUAAUAUUAAAGGUGAGAAAUUGGCAAGAAUAUCAUUUUGCUCUUCAUUUUCAAACGUUGAAAAAAGCUACUCCAUGUUGGAGAAUAGAAAACAAGGGAGAGAGACGAAUCAAGAGAAAAACUGAAAAUGUCAAAGCAUUCUGUCACCAAAAAAAACUAUAAAUGUGAUAUUUGUGGUAAAUCACUAACAAACUAUUUUAGUUUAAGUAAACACAUGAUGAUUCAUACUGGUGAGAAGCCAUAUAAAUGUGAUGUUUGUGAUAAAUCAUUUAGCCAAAAAGUUUCUCUACAUGUACACAUCAGAAGUCAUACUGGUGAAAAACCCUUUUCUUGUGAUGUUUGUAGAAAAUCAUUUACCACUAAUAGUGGCCUACAUGUACACACCAGAACCCAUACCGGUGAAAACCCUUUUUCUUGUGAUGUUUGUAGUAAAUCAUUUACACAAAGUAGUCAUCUACGUGAACACAUCAGAACUCAUACUGGCGAAAAACCGUAUAAAUGUGAUGUUUGUAGUAAAUCAUUUAAUCGAGCGAGUAAUAUAAAUACGCACAUGAGAAUCCAUACUAGAGUAAAAUCUUUUGCUUGUGAUUUUUGUAGUGAAUCAUUUACCACUAGUGGUCAUCUAAAACAACACACAAGUAGUUGUCCUGUUAAAAUAGAAAGAGAUGCAAGUACAAGUAUGUAUAGACUAGAUUGUAAAUAUAUAUAAUAAGUAUGUCUGUGGUUAAAAAUCAUAUUGUUAAAUGUAUUACUUUUACGUCAGAAUAGUUAUGGUUAUUUUUAUGUUAGAAAAUGAUGUAAUAAUUUAUUCGCUUUGAAUAACAGUAAUUUUGGAUCAAAUAAUUAUACCAGUGUGUGUACAUUCUAACAAAUGAUAAAUAUGUGGAAUUCAGACAUAAUAUUUAACAUAUUUGUUAUUAGUUAUAAAUUGAAUGUUAAUCUCACAUAAAUUGUUGCUUCAGGAUUCAUACUGUUAGUUUAUGAUUAGUUUCUAACAUAAACCGAAAGCUGGUUUAAUAUCAGGAUACUAACAAUUAAGUUUCUAAUGUAACUUGACACACUGAUCCGCAGUGAAUAUUUGCUUGGCCGCGACAAUCACUGAUAAGGAUGACAUUGAUGCGGCUUAAUGAGCUAGAAAUAUUAACUUUUUUCCUGCGACAAAUUAAAUUCUAAAACAUUUUUUGUAUAUAUUGGAAAAAUAAAAAAAGGCGUUUGACGUAUUUGUAGGUAAAAAUUAUUUCCGAUUUAGCGUAAAUGGGUAUUAAAUUGACUAAAAUGCAGCAUUCUCUCCGAAGCAGUUAUGUCUUAUGUAAACAAUGCACGCGCCAUUCAGCCAAUGAUUCACACCGCGUGCUGUGACAGCACGUGUUAAGGCAGUCAUCUAUGACAGAGAUAUUAUACGAGACUCGUAAUUCUCUGUGAAACAGAUUGGUAACUUGAAAGUAACUUUAAUGUUAGGAUACUAACAAAACAAUUAAAUUACUUUAGCUAUCUAACCCUAAUCUUAAAUAUUCUUAAUUUUAAGUGUAUGUUUUUAAUCUACAUGUACAUUAAUAAUAAUAAUAAUAAUAAUAAAAACUUUAUUUAAUGAGGCAACGUAUUUAGUUUGCAAAAAAAAACCUAAUCUUCCAUAGGUCCCUCCUAAACUACAAAGACAUAUAUACAUGUAAUA